UGUGUGUGAGGGUGUGUGUGAGUGUGUCAUAAGUGGCAACAACUGCUGAGUCGCGCUGUUACGUGUUGUAAAUUCGAGAUUUUGUUUCGUGAGUGUCCUUUGACUCGUUUUCCUGUUCUUCGAUUUCCUGAGCCUAGUUAUCAGUGAAAGUUUCCCAAUUUUGAACAUACAAGUGUUGUGAUUCCAGUGUUAAAAUAUCGCUUUGUGAUCGGUGCAUCAUUAUUUUGUGCUAGCUUCGAGUUUCCUUCAUUUUUUAAACCUGAGGGUUCCUUUCUUCAAGGUCAGCGUGAAGCAUGGGAGAUGCAAAUCAAUCGACGCCUCCGAAAGGAUGGGACUCAAUCAAAAAGCAUUGCAUUGAACACAAAUUGGACGUAGCUCUUUGGUUCACGAGACUUUUCACAAUCACCUUCACCCUCAACUAUUUCAUUCCAAUCUUUGGGAACCCAUACAGUGCUUAUCACCGUGCUCUUUUGGCGAAUGCAGCUACAAGUGCUCUGAGGCUCCAUCAAAGGCUACCAAGGGUCUCCCUCUCUGCCGAGUUCUUCAAUCAGCUAUGGAAUGAAGACAGUGCUCACUACCUUCUUUUCUCACUCAUCUUCAUCUACUCCACGCCUGUGGCCUUGGCUCUCCUGCCUGUAUUCCUCUUCUCAUUGAUUCACUUUGCCAGUUAUUCAUUGACGCUACUUGACGCUCUUGGACAAAAUUCAUGGUGGGGAGCCAGGAUUCUCAUUUCUCUAGUCGAGUUCCAGUCGAGAAAUAUCUUGCGUCUCAUUUCCUUUGCUGAAAUUUUCUUAAUGCCUCUGUGUAUAGUUUUAUUAAUUUUAGGAAGAACUGGUCUUUUGACUCCGUUCAUUUAUUACCGUUUCCUUGCUCGUCGUUAUGUCUCACGGCGCAAUCCGUACACUCGCAACAUGUUCCGAGAAUUAAGAGUGUACACCGAAGCCAUUGCUAACAAAGAAAGUAUACCUCCAUUUAUUCGCAAUGCUCUUCACUCAGGUAUUGCAUUCACCUGCAAAAUCGCACCUCAAGAGCAAGCUGCCUCAUAAUAAGUUCUUUAUCUAAUUUUAACUGUAUUUUUUUCUCUUGUUUUAUUUUUUCUUUACUCUUCUUUUCUAUUUUCUUUAAAGUAGGUCAUUUUUUAAGCUUUCAUGUUAAAAUCCUGUUUCUUGCAUUUUUUAUUUGAUUGAUAUUAAAAACAUCUUUUUUACUUAAUCGAUUUUAAUUUUAAUGAAUAUGUUGAACCGUGAUUUUAUUUUGUUAGGUACUUCUCUUAUUUUAUCAGUACUUUGAUCAGGUUAAACCUACUUUCAUCAUAGGACUUCUCCUUAAAAAAAUUGUAUUGUUAUCAGCAGUUAAACAUUCAUCCAAAAUAUCCUCAUGGACUUUAGAUUAUCUCAUUUGUGCUUGACUAAAAAAAAGGCAUCAAUUUGUUCUGGAAACAUUUGAAUUACAUAAUUUUCAAAACACUGCCCAAUGUUUAUUGAACAAGGAAUUUCUAUAUAAAUAUCAUGUAGUUAAAUUCCCAAGUCAAAAGCAAAACACAUGCAGGGGAGGUAUCAAGACUUACUGCACUGUUAACUCUUGCGUUUAUUUAAAGCUGGGAAAGAUUUCUACUGCUUUUUUGAAUUCCAAAGCAAACCUACGUAGCCAAAAUAUUUAUAAUCUAUACUUAUUCCUGCAUUUAACUGAUGUUAUGAAUCUGGGGUGUCACAAUCAAAAUAUAGCCUCUAAGAUCCCUCUAAUUUGAUUUAAAUUUGUCGUGCAAUACUUCAUUUUGAAGAGAAACUGAAGAUAACAUAUGUUCAUAUUUCUGAGAACUCCAUAUUUUCAGUUAAAUGGUUUCAUAGUGUCCAUCAAAGUUUUCGAUAUGUGUUAAAGUGUCAGUAUUUUAUUCAACAUAAUGCGCACAAGAGUGACAAUGUGGAGACAACCUUGUGAUUCAGCGAUUAAAUAAGUAAAUUAAAAAAAAAUCGACUGAAAGUAGAAAAGAAAAAACUUGUUGGCCGUAAAUUUUCCUUGUUUCAACUUCAUUGGUUAAAGUUCAUUGUGAAAAAUGGAAGUGGCACUACCAUUUUCAAAUUCUCAAUUCCCUUCACUGUUACAAAAAGUGAAUCAAUGAACUUUUUUUUAUAUUUAAUUUGUUUAUCAAUUGAUGAAAUUUUUUUUUUACCUGAAGGCACUUAAUGCAUUAAGUUUAUUACGUAAUUAUUACACUGCUCUUGUUAUAAUCGCAAAGUAAUCUAAUUUUCAAUCGAUAAAGAGAUUAUUAAUUUUGGUGGAAGCUCCUCUUGCCCUUUUUUCAUUUCAGUUUAUCUCAGUGUAUGCUUGUAUAAAUGAAUCAGUGAGAACGAAAACACACCAACUCGGAAAAAUGAAAAUUAUCAAGACACUCAUAAAACUGCACUGUAGGUGAAGAAGUUAGUUUAAGGAAAAGACUUUUGCAUCCGAAAGACAAAUAUUUAUGGUCACUUUAAAGGUCCAAGUUGGAACAGAUGCGCUAACUUCAAUGACCUUUAUGUAAAUUAAUUGUCUUCAAUGGAAGUUGAGCAUUUUCGAAGUACCGAGUUGGUGUGUUUUCGUUCUCACUAAUUCAAAUAUUGUUUCAUUAAAAAUUUGCUUAUUUCGAUGUUCAUGAUCAUUUUGUUGGAAUUGGUUUGUGAAAAUUAUUUAUAAAUGGCAUCAGUAAUGUUAACAUUAGGGGUAAUUUUUUAUCGUUAAUUUUAAGUACAUUUAAAUGCAAUCUUUCUCAAUCAUGAUUUUUAUUCCUCCAUUCUUGUUUUUCUAACUGUAGGCUUUUACUGCAUGAAUUGAUUAUACUACUGGGUAAGCAACAAAGUAACAGUGUUACUUGAGUACCUUUACACUUCUUCUCUAGUUUUUUCAAUGAAACGGAACUUAAUUACUGGAGGAAAUAAGAAGAUUCCUCUCACUCGGAAAAAUCUCCAAGUCUGAUAGCUUCAGCUUGUGAGUGGAACUCUGAUUCAUUUCCUCUAUUUCCUUGUACGAACAUUCUACUGCAAUGUUUCAAUUCUCUUACUUUCCAGCAAUAUUUUUACCGACUAAUUUUUGUGAAUGGCCAUGCACAGUCUUCGUUUGUUUACCAAUUUUUCCUCAGUACCAUCAUCAUUUCAUAACGUCGUAGAACUUACAACGAUGCCGUGUUUCAAUCCUAAAAUGGUUUUGUUUUCUUGUUGUGAUGUCUAUUGCUAUUAACUGUCUAAAGAGGAAACUGUUUUCUUGACUUGUUCUUUAGACAUGCUCAGCUGGCACAUUGGCAUCCACCACCCUGGUAGGGGUGGGUGGGAGUACUUACCCUCGAAUUAUUAAAAAUAUUUUUCUUACGUUUUUAGUGUCAGGGUGAACCCUCUGUUCGGUUCCAUUUUAAAAUGGUUUAAAAGUUGCCCCAAAAGGAACCUUUGUCUUAGGUGAAGCGUAACUUGGCAUUGCCCUAGCCUUUGUAAUUAACAAAAGUAGAAGAUCUUUGAAACGUUAACAAAAAUAGAAAGAGUAUAGGAAAGUAGAAAGCUACAGCAUCAAUCCAGGAAGCCAGGAUAUAGUGUGCAUACUGCUCAUCUUCAGUAACAUAUUUCCCAAAAUUUUCAUUUACUUCUGAUUCUUUUGUUUUCCAUUCCAAAAGGUAGCUUUUUUUCUUUGUCCAUUUUAAGAACUCCCAUCUCCUGAAUUAGGUUGUAUGAUAUAGUAGCCUCUUUCUCAUUGUAGAUUUUUCCAUGAAUUUUUAGAUAGGUUUGUGCUGUGCACAAUGAAAUAUACAAUCCUACAAUUUUCCUCUGACCAAUGUGGUAGCUUUUUUCAUUUUCAAUCUCAUGUUUGUUGAGUGUUUUUUUUUUUUAUUCAAGUUUUCAGUUUUUAUUAUUACUGUGACUUCUUUAAGUUAGUAAGUAAAUGAUCUAUUCUGUAA